GAGUUAUGAUAAAAACCGGUUUUUCUUCAUCUUUGUUAAGUUUUAACUAUCAUCCUUUUUUUUUCGCUUUGAAACGUGUAACAACAGGUGUUUUUGCAGCAAGUUUUUCUGGGCUUUUUUUAUAUUAUUAUACGGAUUCCCGUGCAGCAAUUCAUACGUACGGGACAUGUUUGCUGUUGAGGAUGAUUGUUCCACCUGAAUUGGCUCAUAAUUUUGCUAUUAAAGCUAUCCGGUGGGGCUUGGCUCCAUGGGAUAAGAAAAUAGAUGAUUCAUCAUUAAUGUUAAAUGUAUGGGGAAAAGCGAUAAGCAAUCCGGUAGGUCUUGCUGCAGGCAUGGAUAAACAAGCAGAAGCGAUAGAUGGACUUUUUGAUCUUGGAUUUGGAUAUGUUGAAGUUGGAUCAGUUACGCCGUGUCCUCAACCUGGGAAUCCACCGCCUCGCUUUUUUCGUUUAAAAAAGGAUGCAUCUGUUAUCAACAGAUAUGGAUUUAACUCUGAUGGACAUGAUGUGAUUGCACGACGUUUACAUGAUCGUAUUUUAAAAUACGUAUUCAAAUAUUAUCCAGAUUUAGGACAAAUUCCACAUUUUUUACCGCAAUCUGCCAGAAAUAUUGAGUUGGUGAAUUUUCUAAAUAUUCCAAGAAGUCUUAGAAAAAACAAAUUAUUAGCAGUUAAUUUAGGUAGAAAUAAGAAUUCUGAAGGAAUAAAUGAUUAUGUAAAAGGUGUAUAUCGUUUGGGGCAGUAUGCAGAUGUUUUGGUUAUUAAUAUAUCAAGUCCUAAUACAUUUGGAUUACGAUUAUUACAACAAAAAGAAUCUCUUGAAACACUUUUAUCUGCUGUUGUUCGAGAACGAGAUCUUCUACCUGAUCCAAAACCUGCAUUAUGUAUAAAGAUAUCCCCUGACUUGAAAGAUUUAGAAUUACAAGAUAUUGUUGAUGUUAUUUCAAAGAUACCAAUUGAUGGUGUAGUUGUUUCAAAUACUACAAUUCAGAGGCCAAAAAAUCUUAAAGAAGAUAAAUUUUUGCAUGAACGAGGAGGUCUUUCAGGUCCCCCUUUAAAGCCAUUAGCGCUAGAUAUUAUAAGAUUUUUACGAAGAAAGCUGCCUGAAAAUUGUCUUAUUAUAGGUUGUGGUGGAAUUUCAUCAGGUAAAGAUGCUAUUGAGUAUGCUCGCGCAGGUGCUUCUUUGAUUCAAUGUUAUACUGCAUUUGGGAAAGUUGCAAUUGCAUAUAAUAUUUAAUAUUUAACAUGGACUAGUUAUGAAGGACCUAGAUUCCCUAGACGUCUAAAAGAUGAAAUUCUU